AUGCUUCCCUGCUCCUCACCCCCUUUGCCUGCCCUCUCUCACCAGCUAUGGCGCACCAUCCUGCUCAUGCCCUUCAAGCUCAUCUUCUUGUUACCUCUAUGGCGCACCAUUGUGCUCAUGCCCUUCAAGCUCAUCUCCCUAUGGCGCACCAUCGUGCUCAUGCCCUUCAAGCUCAUCUCCGUGUACCUGCAUGAGAUAGGCCAUGCCUCCGCAUGCGUCAUGACGGGAGGCAAGGUGCGUGAUGUGGGGCGGGAAGGCUAUGCCUCCACAUGCGUUGUGACGGGCGGCAAGGUGGAGGGCAUCGAGGUGCACAUGGAUGAGGGGGGAGUCACUCGCACCCGGGGUGGAUGGCAGUGGUGCAUUCUGCCUGCCGGAUACCUGGGGUCGUCCUUCUGGGGCAUGGUGCUCGUGCUGUGCGCGACCAACAAGUGGACCACGCUCUGCCUCUCACAUGCAUGUGUCUGCAUUGCUUGCGGUGCCUUCACUUCACUCCACCCACCCCAACCAGACCUGGGCUCAUCCUUCUGGGGCAUGGUGCUGGUGCUGUGCGCCAAUCAAUGCACAUUGUCUCAUAGUAUUCCAUAUGCGCGCACCCCCAUGCCUGCUUCAACCCACACCAACCAAUCAGACCUAGGCUCAUCCUUCUGGGGCAUGGUGCUCGUGCUGUGCGCGACCAACAAGUGGACCACGCUCGUCAUCGCUGUCAUUCUCUGCAUCACUCUCUUCAUCACGCUCUUCCUCGCCAAGAAUGUGAGCAGUGAAACUUGUGUGGUCUCCACCACUCUCGCCAUCGCUGUCAUCCUCUGCAUCACCCUCUUCAUCACCCUCUUCCUUGCCAAGAACAACACGCUACGGUUCCUGUGUGUGGGCUUCCUGCUCCUCUUUGGCCUCUUUUUCUUCCUCGAAUAUGGCAUUACCCAAUCGGUGCACCCGCUGAACCUCGCCAUCCUAUUUAUCGGCAUUAUGAACUGCCUCUUUUCUAUUUAUGACAUCUACGACGAUCUCAUCUCACGCCGGGUAAACUCCAGCGAUGCUGAGGUGUUUGCCAAGACAUGCCCCUGCCCCUUCAACGGAGUGUGCUGGGGGGUCAUCUGGGGCGUCAUAUCGUUGUUUCUAGCUGCUGCAGCCGUCUACCUGGGCCUCGUGAUUCUAGCAUGA